UCUUUUUCGAUUUAUUUUGUAAAAUAAAGAUUUACAUUCAGUUCACCUGCAAUUGAAGUGUACAACAUUUUCAAAAUGGCUACCAAGUUGAUCGUACUGUUCGCCGCCGUCGCGACUUUGUUCGGCCACAUGGUCUUUGCUUACCCGCCGGAGUACAAGAGUUAUUACAACAACGACGACGACGUCAGCUACGACGGUGAGGCAGGACAACUGCAACACAGUUACAGCGACUACGCGCACUCCUCACAGGCCGCCACCCCGUACAGUUUCGAGUACGGCGUGAAGGAUCUGCACACGCAGGACAUCAAGAGCCAACAGGAAGAGAGCGACGGCAACGGAAACGUCAAGGGAUCGUACAGUCUGGUGGAACCAGACGGUUCCACCCGGGUGGUCGAGUAUACGGCCGACAACGAGCACGGGUUCAACGCCGUUGUCAAGAAAAUCGAAGCGCCCAAACACUAUUACGAUCAUCAGUCGCACGGGGACGUCGGCUACUACCAGCAACAGCCGUCGAAUUACCUUAAGUACUAUUGAAAAAACCCGAAAUGAUACUACCUAUGUCGUGUCGUUCGUAUGAUGUUAUCGCAUCACAAUUUAUAAUAAUUUACCGACUAACUCGUUAUCGUGCUGCGGCUAUAUUGUUGUUGUUUUUGUUGUCGGUGCGUAACAAUAAAACGAUAACGUUGGUGAUUUUAGCCAUAAAAAUACAUCCUAGUCAGUAGUGUCUAUUUGCUGUAUGUAUCAUGUUAUGCGAAAAAUAAUUACCUAACUCGUUUGUCGAAUAAAAAACUUAUCAUAAUAAUAAU